CGGUGUUAGCAGACGGACAAGGAAGUUAAAAAAAAUCUUUUCCGGGUUAAAGUGGGUAAAAAAAAUAUAAACAAAGUUGGCGGUAAAAGAAAAUGGAAACUGUGGAGAGAGAGAAGUCGCUCAAAAAUGAAACGGAGCAGGAAUACAGAGUCAACGUGACGUCGAAAAAGCGACUCAUCGAGCAGAUGAAUAAAUAUAAACAGGUUCUGAAAACUGCGCUGGACGGACAGACGGAAUUGGCCGAAGAGACGAAGCGGGUUUUACUGCAGGAGCUGCUAGCGAAUUUUGAAGCAGCUGUUCAGGACAACGUCUUAGUAAACGGAGAACCGUGGGAGGAGGCACCUGAUGAAGAAGACGAGGAGGCUUAUGACCUUGAGGGUCUCCUGGACGACACCAUCGUGGAGACCACCAGGAGGCGCCGCACGUACCCCAGACAGAUCCUGCCCCACGUGGUUCACUCCCUCAAGACUGAGCGUAAAAUCAUGGGCCUGUAUGAAGACACGGUGAAACCCCAGGCGAUGGUCAAAGACCCAGAUCAAGAGAACAUCAUGACUGAUUUGUCAGCAGCGGCUCCAGGGAUGGUGAAACAAGCCAUUCAGGUUAUAAAGUCAAUCAGCACUCUGCAGAAACAAGCUGAGGGUCUCUGUGAAAUCCUCAACAUGAAACCCAGUCACACCACGCUGGAGAUGGAGAGGGAGGUGUUCGGCGACAGUGGCCAACCAGACGCUCCUCCUCCUCCUGAGGAGGGCGUGGCUGCAGAGAGGCACAGGCAGCCAAUCAAGAGAGCUGUAGAGGAAGCGGCAGCCACAGGCUGCUACGUGCCGCUCGCAAAGAAGCCAGACUGUCCUGCAGGAGGCGACAAAGCGGAAUGACGCAGACUUAAUGACACCGCAAGACUUUUUAAAGCGUGUACAGUCAACGCCGUCUGUUUGUUUCAGUUUCAGUGCUGCUGAGUGACACGACCACAAGAGGGCGCCAAUCUCCCUGGAACAAAACGAGUGAAAACCUCAGCACUUGUGUUUCACCUUACAUUUCCUUUAUUCCUCUCCGUUUGGCAAUGUGCGAUUAAACAAAGAAUCUGACUCACCAUUAAGAUGUUGAUGACUCGUACACGGAACUCUACAUCAGCCACUGUCAACAACAUAAGAACAUGUUUAUGUUUUCAUCUCACUGUUAGACAUUUAUAAACCACUCACUCUCCCACACCAAAGCCCAUAGAGAAGGCAGCAGGAGGCAGCAGUAGACCAGCAGCUCCUGUGUCCCCCACAAGCUAAAAUCACUGAUUUUCUCUAUGGGCUUUGGUGUGGGAGAGUGAGACAAAAUUCAGUUUUCACUUUUGGUAAGUGGUUAAAAACAGUUUUUCCUGACAGUGAGUCUGCUUAGAUCCUUAAAAUCAAAGACAUAUUAAAAAAUCUUAUGUACAAUAAUAAACACAUUUAACACUUAUAUUAACUAAAUUCAAGUUUGUUAACCAUUUUCUUUUCUUUUUUCCGGUGUUUUUUUUUUCCUUUUGAAAUACAAUUUCACAUUUAAACGUUUUCUGUCACAUAUCAGUUUAUCAUUUAAACAAUCUGUGAAGAAGUUUACUGCUAAUAUAAACUUUAAUAUUUUUCAA